ACUGCUAAGGCAUCCAAAUUCCCAAUUAAUCAAACUCGUCUCCAUCUCCAAUCAAAACCCUAAUGGCUCGUACCAAGCAGACAGCUCGCAAGUCCACCGGCGGGAAGGCUCCGAGGAAGCAACUAGCUACCAAGGCGGCCAGGAAGUCGGCUCCGGCCACCGGCGGAGUAAAGAAGCCUCACCGCUUCAGGCCUGGGACGGUGGCUCUCCGUGAGAUCCGAAAGUACCAGAAGUCCACUGAGCUACUCAUCCGCAAGCUCCCAUUCCAGCGCCUGGUUCGUGAGAUCGCCCAGGACUUCAAGACCGAUCUCCGCUUCCAGAGCUCCGCCGUGGCUGCGCUUCAGGAGGCUGCCGAGGCUUACCUUGUCGGGCUGUUUGAGGACACCAAUCUGUGUGCUAUUCACGCGAAGAGGGUGACUAUCAUGCCCAAGGACAUUCAGCUUGCUAGGAGAAUUAGGGGCGAGAGGGCUUAGGUGAGGCUAGCCUCUAGUUUGUAUAUGUGGCUAUUGCUAGGGUUUUGAAUUGGUUUAUAUUCUGCAAUGCAAUUGCCCUCAAAUAUUAACAUGUAUUAGUGUAAUGAAAUGAAAUAUGGCUACUGCUUUUGUUACCCACCAAUAUAUUAGCAUGCUAAUGGAAUCUAUUGAUCCACUA